AUGACUCGUCCGCGUGCGCUUCCCGCAGCAGCUCCCCCGCACUCCCCCGCGUCCGAUGGAUUUCUAAGCGAGUACCGCGACGACAUUCUGACGUAUUUGCAGUCGCGCCAGUCGGCCUACCUGCCUAAUGUCGCUGCCAUGCGUCACCAACCACAGCUCACCUGGAGCAUGCGUUCGCUGCUCGUCAGCUUUCUCAUUGAAGUUCAUCUGGGCUUUGCGCUGUCGCCUGCGACGCUGCUCCUUGCGGUCAGCCUGAUGGACCGCUACACAGCGAAACGCACUGUCUACCGCCGGCACUAUCAGCUGCUUGGCUGCGCGUGCCUGUGGAUCGCAUGUAAAUUUUACGAGCACAAGCAACGCGUCCCGCUGCUCCAGGAGCUGAAAGAGCUGUGUCGUGAUGUCUAUUCUGAAACCAUGUUCGUCCAAAUGGAGCGUCACAUUCUCGUUACUCUCAAUUGGGAUAUUGCCCAACCCACCGCCGAUAUUUUCCUUCCCGUCCUUCACCCUAUGGUUUUUUUCCUGCUCGAGGUCUCACUGUUCUCGGAACAGUUCCUCACAUUUCCCGCCUCUAGUAUUGCUGCCGCAGCUGUCGUCGUUGCCGAACGUUUCAUCGGUACUGAGCUCCGUUCGCAGGCUGAAUGGAACCCCAAUUUUUUAUGGCCUAUCGACUGGCGCGUGGGCCGUGAAAGUGAUGCUGGAGACGGAAACAAUGACAGCGACUGCAGCGCAGAAACCCCGCCUGCCAGCGAUCGUCCGGAAAAUGGCAAUGAUUACUCUUGCUGCUGCAAACUUGUCGAUCAAGAAGCAAAACCCUGUCCGUCCGCCGACGCCGACGAAUCGCCCCCGCUCGUCGGCUCUACCCCGCCUUCAUCCCACAAACGCCCCGCAACGCCGACACGACUGACGACGCCAAAUGAGCUGCUGCCGACCAGGAAAAGCGAAAGUCAUAUGGUCCUCCAAACGUACCUCGAUACACUGCGCACAGAGCGCUUGGACGAGUGUGUGAACGCGCUCAUGCUGUUGCUUCGUGCACCUCUUCCAUCGCCUGUAUUUUACAACAAAUUCCCUCUCCAGGUGGCUGUCGUUCAGAGCCGUCUCUCUUCUCCCAUAUCGUCUCCGCGGAAACGUGCGCGAAAGGACGAUGAUGAAUCCUGA